AUGGCGGUCUUGGCGGAUCCGGUAGACACGUCGACAGGAGCCAUGCAAAGUGUGCUCGCUAGAAGCAAGCAAGCGAGAAGACUGGAGUCGGAACUCGGGCCACCAAGCCCUAGAGGCUACUCCCAUGGCUCGUCGACGGUCGACAAGAUCCAGUCCAUGUCCAGCAUGAGCUCUAGCUGGGUACGAAGCAGGACUGAGGGCUCAGAGAUGUCUGCGGUGUCAUCCCCGGCCUCCAUCUCAACGAAGGAGCUUCUGACGGAGGUGGACCCGGAGAUCCUUCGCGGCAUUUCGCUGGAUGUCGCUUUGGCAGGGCUGGGGCGACAUUUGCAGCCGCCAGAUUCGGGCAUGUUCAACGUGGACCCGAAGAACUACGCACUCAGCCGGAAGGCAGCAAAAUUUCACGCCUUUCUUAGCCACGACUGGGCAUCUUCCCGCUGGAUGAAGCUGAUCGCUCUGCUCAUCGCUUUCAAUGCGCGAGCUGCUUCAGUCGCCACUACCAUCGCCAGCAUCCUGACAGGACUUCUGUGCGCUUUCAGGGUGCUUCCCAUUGCACCAUGGACUGUUCUCCUUCCGUGUGCCACAUUCUGGCUCUUUAUCCUCUGCUGGCAGCGGAUUCGCAGUGCAGCUGGCUUUCCGGUGGUUGUGUUUCUGGACAAGCUCUGUAUUGCACAGCAUGAUGAAGCCCUCAAAGAGAAGGGCGUAUUGGGUCUGGCAGCUUUCCUCAAUUGCUCGGAUGAGCUGACAAUUCUUUGGUCGAGACGAUACUUCCACCGCCUUUGGUGCAGUUACGAGCUGGCAACCUUCAUGAAGGACAUGGACAAGCACGCCUGUAUCCAGUUGAUCCCGCUCAAAAUGGGAGUCUUGCUAACCCUCCUGGCGCAAGUCGGAUCGAUCGGCUCGGCCCUCUUCUUUCUGUCACUAGACCUUGAUGGCGGUCGUGUCCAUUGCCAUAUCACGACAGGGAGCCUGAUCGCUAGCACGGUCAUCCUGUUCUUUCCUUUGCUGAACUACAUUGGCUUUGAGUUCAUGCAGGAGCUCGAGGAGUUGCCGCGGCAGAUUUGCAACUUUCGGGUCCAGGAAGCUCAAUGCUUUUGCUGCUCGAAUCAGCACCGGCACCCGGAGACUGGCGCAGAAAUCCCUUGCGAUCGUGUGACGGUGGCUCAGACGCUGCAGCAGUGGUUCGGACGGCCAGGUGACAUCGGCGAGGAGUAUUGCAGACGCUUCAAUCGCUUGGUGCGUAACAAAUUGGGUCCCAAAAUCCUACGUUCUGUUGGAGGCGAUGCUCUGCCCCUCUCGUACGUGCUCUACGUGAUCUGUUCCAGUACCAUGCCAUGGCUGUCAACUGUCAUCGCUCGAAUUGCACAAGGACCGGCUCGGGCACCUGCCGGGCUCGGGUCCCUCGUGUGGAGCCUGCGUCUUUUGCUGGAGUGGGCACAACUCUGCCUCGCACUGUUGUUCAUAAUGCGCAUUAGCAUGUUGAUGUGGAAAAAGGGCAGCAGCAUGAAGCUGCGGAGAAACCGUCUCCUGGCUGCUCUUGCCAUGGUCGUUCCAGACAUGGCAGCAGGCAUUGCAACUUGGUGGUGUUUUGUUCUAGUCUAUGACAGCACCGCGAACAGCAGCAUGCUGCCUGGAAUUCCUUUCAUUCUGGUGCUUCUCCUCGACGUGUACCUGUAUUGGCCGCCCAACGUUCGGGUGGCCGACUUGGAGCAAAGGGAGAAGGACACCGAGUCCGGCAUGAUGUCUCCAGGUGCAUCGACACAAGCGAGCGCAAGCUGGUUGUCCUCGAAUGUUGGGCCACGCAAGGGCCACGGCUUCGCGUUGAAGGAAGGCUUUUACUUCGGCAAGGACGCAAGCAAUCUUGAAGGACUGCCGACGGAUGAACAGGACCAUUUCAGCAUCUGA